AGUACCACAGCGAGGAGACUCAGUUCGGUAACGCAGUAACAGUAACGCAGUGAGAUACGUGAUCAACUUUGCAAACACUUUGGACGUUUCUGUGAAAAGUGAGUCGAUACAAAUAUUGUUUCUGUUUCGGCUGAAUAUUAUAUAGAGACAGAAACCAGAAGAGUUUUUUUUUUCUUUGCUGAAUCUUUGUGUCGUGUCGAGCGCGAUGAAAGACGAGUUUGCUGAAGAAGAGGAUGUCCAGUCGUUUGGAUACAAGAGAUUUGGUUUUCAGGAGGGAACUCAGUGUACUAAGUGUAAGAGUGAUUGGACACUGAAGGCUGCUAUAGGUCUGCUCUACGUUCUGCUCAGCUUCCUCACCAUUGCUGUUGCCAUACUGGGUUACAAAGUGGUUCAGAAAAUGGAUGGUGUUACUAAGGGAAUACACAAUUAUGAGGACAAAAUCAGUGCCAUGGAGACAGAUGUAAGAAAGAUAGAUGCGUCUGGUAUGAAGCUUAAGAACACUUCCAAUGAGCUGCAGAUGUUUCGUUCUGGGUUAUCAGCAUUGCGUCAAAAGCUAGCUGCAGCCUCAGACUCCGUCAACAGCAACGCAGCUGUCCUGCAGCACAUCCGAACCUCAUCACAAGAUGUGCUUUCACUGCAGGAAUAUUUGCACUCACAGUUAAAUGCGCAUGCUAGAACUCUGCAUUCUGCUAAUGCUACGCUGUAUUCUGUGGCUGCAAACACACCUGUGCUGCAGCAGGACACGGCACGGCUUCAGCACAACCUACAGACACACAUCAACGCACAGCGCAUGGUGAAGCUGUCCAUCGACCGUCUCAACUUCACUCAAAUGCAGCAGGACGCUGUCACAACUGCACUGCAGCGUACAAUGGAAGUAGCGGAUAUGAAUACACAGAGUGUCUUUGGUGACGUGCUAACACUGCGGCGGGAGACACAGCUAGUAGGCAGCAUUGAGGACUGGAUUAGGGAAAAGAUCCUGAAUUUGGAAAAAGCUGAAUUUAAUGCCUCGACACACAUUCUCAUCACUACACAGGGGCUGGGUGAGAUGAACUCGCAGCUAGCUAGCAUCUCCAGUCAAAUUUUAAACAUUAGCACACUCAUCGAUGGUAAUGCUGCAAACCUGAGGGAGCUACAGGAACAGCAACAGUCUUAUGGCAGUCGAACAAGUGCUCGCUUUGAUAGAAUGGAGGAAAGGCUGGAUUCAGCAGAAGAAAAUGUUAAUAGGGUCACAGGGAACGUGAGCUAUACUACUUGGAUGCUGGGUGGAGUAAACGGAGCGCUAGGUGCUUUACGGAGCUGCUCGGACACAGUUGGACAACAUUCGGAUCUCCUGUUGAUUUUAAAUAGGAGUCUGGCUGAGACACAGGAAGAUGGGUCUGCUCUAAAGUCCCAACAGGAUUAUCUAUCAGCUCGGCUAGACAAAGAAGUCAGCAGUCUUUCCAUUAUCAUGGAAGAAAUGAAGCUUGUGGACAGCAAACACUCCCAGCUCAUCACCAAUUUUACAGUAUUGCAGGGCCCUCCUGGUCCAAGGGGUCGCCGUGGUGAAAAAGGCCCAGCAGGUGCAGUUGGUCCUCCUGGUCAGAAGGGGGAGAGGGGUGAUAAAGGAGAAGUGGGUGUUCUAGGCACUCAGGGAGAAAAAGGAAGCGCUGGACCUCCUGGUAUUCCAGGUAUCCCAGGUAUGCAAGGGCCUCGUGGUAACCCAGGACCAAAAGGCUCACGAGGGUCAGGAGGGCGUGCAGGACCCCAAGGCACAAAAGGAGAGCCUGGCACACCUGGCCUGCCAGGCAGAGAUGGGAUGCCAGGGCCCGAGGGUUUUCAAGGACCAUCGGGUAGUCGUGGACCAGUUGGUCCUUUAGGGGACCCAGGAGACAUGGGACCACCAGGACCUAUGGGACCUCCAGGACCACCAGGGUUGCCAGGCAGAGCAGCACCAGUGCCAACAUUACCUGCCCUACCAGAUGAUGCAUCACUUCUAAUUGCUACAAAAUCUCUGCUAGGUGGAGUUGGCUGCCCUGCUGGCUGGGUAAGGUUCAAAACCAGCUGUUACUUCUUCUCUACUGAAAAGCUCAAUUUUGACAACGCUGUUCAAAAGUGCAAUGGCAUGUCUUCGUCCAUGGUCAUCAUCAACGAUAAUGAAGAACAGGGCUGGUUACAUCAUCACACAGUUGCUAGAGGCUAUUUCUGGUUGGGAUUGACAGAUCGACAAAAUGAGAAUGUUUGGCGUUGGGUCGAUGGCUCAGAGCCUACUUUCAAAAACUGGAGGCCUGGUCAGCCUGAUAACUGGAGCCAUGGACAUGAGGAAGGUGAGGACUGCGCAGGCCUUGUUUAUGGGGGCAUGUGGAACGACUUCUACUGUGAUGACCAGCUCGGUUUCAUCUGCAAGAGAGCAGUAAACAGCUGAAAUCUGUAACAAUGGAACACUGAACAGAUAACUAUGGUCAAAUGACCUCACAGCUUGUGUCAGAGACAGAAGACUCUCUUUGACAAGUAGACGGGAUACAGGUACAAACAAUGAGGAAAGACCAUGUAGUAGAAGUUGUAUGCUGCAGUGUUUGGUGCGAGAUGAAUUGUUGGACACUCAGUUCAUAACCAUCAAUGAGCCAUUAACAUUCAGCUGUGAGUUAAAACAGGUGCAAAUUAGAUGUGCAUCUCAAUACUCUAUGGAAUUUUCUUCUAUUAUAUGUAUAUAAUUUUGAACAGUUUUAUUACAUAUUUUUUCUUGCAUUUUUCAAUGAAUCCUAAUCUGCCAUUUCUUUAUAUAUGCUCCUCUUCCCCCGCACAUACCUAUAAAGAUCUACCUAUAAAUAAAUACAGAAAUAAUACAACAAAGGAUGUAAUAUAUAUAGACUUCAUCCCUAUCAUGUUUGUUCAACUAGAAUUCAGCAGUUAUUAUUGACGUGAUAAAUAAGAAAGUCAUUAAAAAAAAUUGUACACCAUAAGUGCAUUG